GAUAGGCAUUAUAUAUGAUUUUGUUUAUUCACCACAACAAUCCCUUCAGUCUCAUUCAACAAUGGCUUCCACAGCUACGCCUUCUACUCUCACUCUUUCCUCUAUUUUCUCACAAGAACUCAACCCCAAUUCUCUAAUUUUCAAAUCAAAGCCUCUUCUUUUCACAACCCACAAAUCUUUUUCUCUGCACACAUUAAGCCUCCAGUACAAAGAGAGGAAGAAUGGACCUCUUGUUGUUGCUGCUAUGGCUGCUGAAGCUGAGGUUGAAGAGGAUGUAGAACAGGAAGGUGAAGAAGGUGGAGAAGGGGCUGUUGCUGUUUUAAUUCCACCGUCUAAGCCUAAGAAAGGCAAGGCUGCAUUGCCCUUGAAGAGGGAUAGAACGCGGUCUAAGAGGUUCUUGGAGAUUCAGAAAUUAAGAGAAAUCAAGAAAGAGUAUGACUUGAAAACGGCUAUAGAACUGCUCAAACAAACAGCUAGCUCAAAGUUUGUUGAAACCGCUGAAGCUCAUUUCCGGCUCAAUAUUGACCCAAAAUACAACGAUCAGCAGCUUAGGGCAACUGUUAACUUGCCCAAGGGAACAGGUCAAACUGUUAAAGUGGCUGUCCUUACCCAAGGUGAAAAGUUCGAUGAAGCGAAAAAUGCAGGAGCUGAUAUAGUGGGUGGGGAGGAUUUGAUAGAACAGAUAAAGGGAGGAUUUAUGGAGUUUGACAAAUUGAUUGCAACACCAGAUAUGAUGCCUAAGGUUGCUAGCUUAGGUAGGGUCCUUGGUCCUAGAGGACUCAUGCCAAACCCAAAAGCUGGUACUGUCACUACAAAUAUACCUCAGGCUAUUGAGGAAUUCAAAAAGGGUAAAGUAGAAUACCGAGCAGAUAAAACUGGAAUUGUUCACUUGCCAUUUGGAAAAGCAAAUUUCUCGGAAGAAGAUCUUAUCAUAAACUUCAUUGCAGCAGUGAAAUCAGUGGAAGCAAACAAGCCAUCAGGUGCCAAAGGAGUGUAUUGGAAGAGUGCACAUGUAUGCUCGUCGAUGGGGCCAUCCAUUCGGUUAAAUGUAAGGGAGAUGCUGGAGUACAAGCUUCCGAAUGCUUAAUUGAGCAAGACAUGUAUAUUGUAUCUUCUAUCAUCUACCUAAGUUUCUUCGGCGCCUUAUCUGAGCUUCCAUUUUGUGAGGGUUAGGAUACAAAGUAGGUGGAGUUUGAAAGGAGAUCCAAACUUCAUAUUGUCAAUAUCAGUGUGGAAGCAUUCGUAGGCACAGUUGGUAAAAGAAUAAUUUUGUUUGAUAUUGUCAAUGUUUAUGUUCAGUUUAAUUCUUACUAGGUGCUAAUGUACAUUAUGCUUCGAUUUGCUAAAAAAGGGAGCUAAUUCAAAUUUCAGAAGUUUUCUA